ACAAAACAAUAACUUGCUUUAUAUUUCUCAUACACUAUUGUAUCUUCAAAAACACAAAUCGAAUCGCAUUUCUCGCACAGUAUCAAAUCAAACCAAAGAAAAUGAACUUGAACACAAGCAGUGAGGUGGAAACUCGUACCAAGCUUGACGAACUCUGUAACUUCGACAAAAAAGGCCUCUUUGAUCUCGGCCAUCCUCUCGUUAACCGCAUCGCCGAAAGCUUCGUCAAAGCCGCCGGAAUCGGAGCCGUUCAAGCCGUCUCUCGCGAUGCUUAUUUCUCCGCCAUUGACGGUACCAGGACCGAUAACAAUGGCGUUAAAGCUUCGGAUGGUUCAGCCGCCGGAAAACGCCGGUUGCCGGGACUUAGAGGAGAGACCAGUAAUAAAUCUCUUGAGGCUAUGGUGAUUAAUGCUGGGAAAGAAUCCUUACAAUGGGGAGUGGCUGCAGGAUUAUAUUCAGGUCUAACAUAUGGGCUGAAGGAGGCUCGCGGAGCUCAUGACUGGAAAAACAGUGCAGUUGCUGGAGCAAUCACUGGGGCCACCCUUGCACUUACCAUGGAAGACUCUACUCAUGAACAUGUUGUUCAAUGUGCUAUCACUGGAGCUGCAAUCUCCACUGCUGCAAAUCUUCUCACUGGGAUUUUCUAAAUGCCUACUCUGUCUAUGGAUAUUUGCUUUUAAUAAUCUUUUUUUCUUUUGUAUUGUAAUAGUUGCUUAUAAAUAUUUAAGAUGAACUAGCAAGGACUUCCUUUUGUAUAUCUAGUUAUCAUAAUGGUGUGUUCGUCCAA